AUGGGCGAUAGUGAUGAUGAUUUUGAUAAUCGACGUAAUCGUGACAAAUUUCGUCGUGAACGAGAAGAUUAUGGCCGUAAUGAACGAAAUAGAAAUGAUUGGAAUGAAAGAGAUCGAUCAAAUCCCAUUCGUCGACGAGAACCAAAUCAAUAUCCGACUAGUGGUCGUGAAUACCCGAGAUAUAGUCGUAGUCCUGGAAGAUAUGAUAUGAGUCCACCUCCCCAAAAUAAACGUAUUCGUCGCGACUGGGAUGGUUCAGAUGUUUCACAUUACGAAGGAGUUCAACCGUAUUUUGGAAAUCCUCAGUUUCAUCAUGAUUAUUCAUCAAUGCAUCAUAGCGGUCCAGGUGGACAUUUAAAUAGAGAAUCACUCGAAUAUCUGACACAACCACCAAUGUUAAGUUUCAAAAAUUUUCUUCACGAUCAGGAUGAAAAUAUUGAUCAAGAUGAAGCGGUAAAACGAUACAACGACUACAAAACUGAUUUUAAAAAACAACAGAUCAAUGAUUUUUUCCAAGCACAUAAGGAUGAAGAAUGGUUCAAACAUAAAUAUCAUCCGGAUGAAUAUUCAAAACGUCGAGAUGAACAACGGCAAGCGAUUAAAAGGCGGCUAGAUGUGUUUAUGGAAUUGUUAAGUAAAAGUUGGCUGGAUGAUGUUAGCAUUGAUGUUGAAAAUCAACAUAAUCUAACACGUUUUCUGGAUGCUGCGGUAAUUAAAAUGGAAGGUGGAACGGAUCAUGAUUUAAAAUCAUUAGAUGUUGUUCAAUCAUCCAGCAUAACGAAUAUGGGUAAUGAUGAUGAAAUUGAUGAAAUGGGAAUGGGAACAAAACCACCUGAUUCAGUUGGAAAUGAUAAAUUAAUCAAAAGUGACAGUACAACAUCUACGAUUGUAAUACCAUCGCAACAACCAUCUACUGGUACGACAGUGAAAGAAGAAGCACAUACAUCAAUACCAACAAAUGCAAAUGGUACAAAUAGUAAAAGUGACGGUGAUGAAAUUGAAAUGAAAUCACCCAAACAUGAAUCAAAACCACCCAAACAAAAACGUCAAAAAAGUCAAUAUCGUUCAGAUGGUGAAGGUAGUGGAUCAGAAGACGGUGCUUAUUCAGAUGGUGAAAGUGAUGAUGUAAAUGAAACAGCAUCUGUUAAAAGUGAACAAUCAAAAAAAGAUAAUCGACCAUCAGCAAAUAGUAUUGAUCCAAAAGCAAGUUCUAGUCACGACAAUAAAGAAGAAGAAUCCGAAGCUGGUGAAGUACCGGAUGCACCAAGACCGUUACACAAAACAUUAUCGAUAUUUUUAAGAAAUUUAUCUUCAUCAACGACGAAAGAAGAUAUUGAAAAUUUAUGUAAACAAUAUACUGGUUUUCGUCGUGUUUGUUUAACAGAUCCGGCACCUGAUCGAAAAUUUUUACGUCGUGGUUGGGUCACAUUUGAUUCAAAUGUACAAAUACGUAAUAUUUGUUAUGAAUUAAAUUUGAAUAAAAUUCGAGACAUUGAUACGGGCGCCAUUGUUAAUCGUGAACUGAAAAAUCGUAUUCGAAUCAUAAAUGGUAUUGGACAGCACAAAACAAUUGUACGAAAUGAUUUACGUUUAGCAACAAAAAUAAUGAAAAAUUUAGAUGAACGUUGGAAAAUUUGGGAAAAUAAUGAAAAUAUGAAUGAUAAGAUAAAAACAUCAGACGAUUCAGAAAUAUCAUCAUCGACGCCCGCUUCAACAACAAAGCCAAUUGGAUUUGUUAGUCAUAAUCCAUUGUUGAAAAAUAUUACCGAAUAUCUGGUCGAAGAAGGAAACGCUGAAGAAGAAGAGUUACUUGGUGGCGUUGAUUCUCAUGCGCAUAGUAAUCCAAAUGGACCUACAUUUGAAAUUGAUAAAGAAUUAACAAAGGUAUUGGAUCGUUUAAUACUUUAUCUUCGUGUUGUACAUUCUGUUGAUUAUUAUAAUGGUAUCGAAUAUCAACAAGAAGAUUCGAUGCCAAAUCGUUGUGGAAUUAUCCAUGCACGUGGACCACAAUUAUCCACUGUAUCAAUGUCAGAAUUAAAUAAUUUUAUGCAACAAUUUGAAUCAAAAUUGAAACCAUUUAUUGAUUAUAAAGAACGAUUAGAUGAUGAUUUGGCUAAAAAAUUGGGCUUUAAAGUUGCACAAGAUGAAGUUGAUAAAUUUAUUAAUGCCAAUUGUCAAGAAGUUGCCAAAGAUAAAUGGUUAUGUCCAAUAAGUGGAAAAAAAUUUAAAGGACCAGAGUUUGUGAAAAAACAUAUUUAUAAUAAACAUCAAGACAAAAUAGAGGAUGUCAAACGAGAGGUUGUUUUUUUCAAUAAUUAUCUUUACGAUCCCAAACGGCCACAACUACCAGAACAUCCAUCGACACGCCCACCGCUUCCACCUCAUCCUUCUGGUUUACCCCUACCAACACCACCCUUGGCAACCCAACCACUGUUGUCUCGACCUCCAAUAUGGUCUCAAACACCACAUCCCGUUGCACAUCAUCCACCUCCAAAUUAUCAUAAUUUUCCACGUUAUCAACCUCGACCAUUUAUCUAUGGUGGUGGUCCACCUGGCGGUCCGCCGAAUCGACGACCUACAAAUCGUCAAUUAGUUGGCUAUGAAGAUUUGGAUGCACCAAAUGAAAUGCUUGUUUGA